AUGGGUAUGUGGUGGAUAGCGGUGGUGGCUAUCUUGGCUCACACGGCUUCUGCCGCCGUGAGAGAGUAUAAUUGGGAGGUUGAGUACAAGUUUAGGUGGCCUGACUGCGUAGAAGGCAUGGUCAUGACCGUUAACGACCAAUUUCCUGGCCCCACCAUAAAUGCCGUCGCCGGAGACACCAUCGUCGUCCAUCUCACUAACAAACUCGCCACCGAAGGCCUUGUUAUCCAUUGGCAUGGAAUUCGUCAGCUGGGAAGUCCAUGGGCAGAUGGAGCAGCGGGAGUUACCCAAUGUGCCAUUAAUCCUAGCGAGACUUUUACCUACAAUUUCACUGUUGAUAAGCCAGGAACACAUUUCUAUCACGGACACUACGGCAUGCAGAGAUCAGCAGGGCUUUACGGAUCGUUGAUUGUGGACGUGGCCGAAGGAAAGAGAGAGCCAUUGAGAUACGAUGGAGAGUUUACUCUCUUACUUAGCGACUGGUGGCAUGAGAGUAUUCUCUCCCAAGAACUCGGUCUUUCUUCCAAACCCAUGCGUUGGAUCGGUGAAGCUCAGAGCAUAUUGAUAAAUGGGAGGGGACAAUUCAACUGUUCAAUUGCGUCACAAUUUAGCAACGAAUCGGUACCUAGUUGCAAGUUCAAAGACGGAGAUCAGUGCGCACCACAGAGACUCCACGUGGAGCCUAACAAGACUUACCGAAUCAGACUCGCCAGCACCACCGCUCUUGCCUCCCUCAACUUGGCUGUUCAGGGACACAAGCUAGUGGUAGUAGAGGCCGACGGCAACUACAUUACACCGUUCGUCACCGACGAUAUCGAUAUAUAUUCCGGCGAGAGCUACUCCGUCCUUCUCACCACCGACCAAGACCCUUCCCAAAACUACUGGAUCUCCGUCGGCGUCCGCGGCCGGAAACCCAAGACACCUCCGGCACUCACUGUUUUACAUUACGUAACUGCGCCGUCUUUCCAAUCCCCUUCCUCUCCGCCGCCGGUAACUCCGCAAUGGAACGAUUUCGAACGGAGCAAGAAUUUCUCGAAGAGGAUCUUCGCCGCGAUGGGAACUCCGGCGCCACCGAGGAAAUUCAACAAGCGAUUGAUCCUCCUCAACACCCAGAAUCUGAUCGACGGAUUCACGAAGUGGGCGCUCAACAACGUCUCUCUUGCGGUCCCGGGAACGCCGUAUCUCGGAUCCGUGAAAUACAAUUUGAAAGGCGGAUUCAAUCGGAAAUCGCCGCCCAAGAGUUUCUCGAUGGAUUACGACAUCAUGAAUCCGCCGCGGUAUCGUAACACCACCAAAGGAAGCGGGAUCUACACUUUCCCGUUCAACGUAACCGUCGAUGUGAUUCUCCAAAAUGCCAACGUAUUAGACGGAAACGGCAGCGAGAUCCAUCCAUGGCAUCUUCACGGCCACGAUUUCUGGGUUUUGGGUUACGGCGAUGGAAAAUUCAAACGCGGAACCGACGAGAAGACGUAUAAUCUGAAGAAUCCGCCGUUACGGAAUACGGUGUCGUUGUUUCCAUACGGAUGGACGGCGUUAAGAUUUGUGACGGACAAUCCUGGGGUUUGGUUUUUCCAUUGCCACAUCGAACCGCAUUUGCAUAUGGGUAUGGGUGUGGUUUUCGCGGAGGGAUUAAACCGGAUCGGGAAGAUACCUGAUGAGGCGCUUGGUUGCGGUUUAACCAAAAAAUUCCUCAAUGACCGGAACAAGCCUUAG